AUUUGGCAACAUCAACCAUGGAAGAAAAAAAUAUAGACGAUGUUCUGCUGUCUUCACAGUCAAGUCGUUCUUCCGAACACGGACGUUCUUCUGCUCCACACCACGAGUGCGUAAUGGCGAUGAAUUAUCGAGGUGGUUCCUUGGGCUCAGUUUACUACAAAGCAGGUUCCCGUGAACUGCGUAUCAUGCAAGACAUUACCAUACGGGACCCAUCCGAUUACAUCCAUCAACUAUUGGAACAAAUUUGUCCACAACUGCUGAUUAUAUCCUCUACGGGAAACGUUGACUACGAAGCCAUUGUUUCGGGUCAUGAUAUUAUCAUUGAGAAAAUGCCAAACAAGGAUUUUGCUUAUAAUAAGGGAAGAUACUCCCUUCUCACUUGGUACCUCGAAACCAUAGACCGACAGAAGCAAUCAGAUAUCCUCGAGAGUUCAACCCAGUCAUUACCAAGCACAGUUAGUGCAGAUGGAGCAGACAGUGCGAGAAGCAUGCAAGCAUAUUUGCGCCUCAAUUGUCAUGUGGAUUUCAAUAGCAGCACAACAGUCGGGUGUGUUGGUGCCAUUUUCAGCUACUUGCAAGGACUGAGGAGCAAUACAAACGAAGCGGAUUUUUCAGCAAGCAGCUCACGAACACAACCACUACAGCUGCGAGCCUUUUCUAUCGACAAAAAUCUACAAGCUGUAGGUGACACUAUAAGCUCGCUGGAUAUAAUUGAUAUAAAUAGUACGACGACUGCGCAAGAAAAAAAGUUCAACAAGAAAAGUACAUUAUUUGAUGUGCUGAACAAAACCAGCAGCUUACCUGGAAGUCAUAAGAUGAAACAAUGGGUGCUCCAGCCUGUGUACGAAAAAGAAAUACUUGAAGAGCGUUAUCGUUCGGUGGCAUUCUUCAAGCAUGACGAACAGAGACAGCUGUCAAAACACUUACAAAUAUAUUUGAAGCAGCUGAGAAACAUAUCGACUUUGCUGGAUCAACUGCAGAAUAAUCGAGCUAAUGCUAAUGAGUGGAAGCAGCUACUUCAGUGUGCAUACUGUAUGAUUCAAGUCUACGGCGUUUUUAAUGCAUUUUCGGGUGCCGAUUUACCAGCUAUAGCCGUCCAGUUUCAGCAGCAUGCCGACAUUGAUUUGUUGAAAGAACUCGGAAUUGCUGUACAUCGCAUGAUCAACUUUGAGCUCAGCAACAACGAAGGUCGCAUCGUACUGAACAAGCGAGUAGAUGAUCAACUGAAUGCAUUACACGAGCGAUAUGAUGGACUCGAUGAUAUAUUGGCACAAGAAGCCGAAGAAAUCAGUCAUAUGCUAGCUGAUCCUCUUGGCUCCACCGUCAACGUCGUUUAUUUUCCCCAGCUGGGAUACCUGCUGACAUGGCCGGUUGCCAUUGCUUCCGUUCAUAUUGUGCCAGAGCAAUUCCCUGAUUUCACGUUACAGUUCACAUCGUGUGAAAACGCCUACUAUAAAAGCGACCAUAUGCGCGAGCUCGACGAGCGGCUUGGUGAUAUUCACAGCUUAAUUAUUGAUCGUGAAGUGAAAUUACUUCAUGAUUUGGCUGAAAAAUGGUGUGUCCACUCAACGCUAUUAAUGGAUUUGGCCACUUUACUUGCAGAAAUCGAUUGUUACAACGCUCUAGCAGUGGUGGCGAAGCAGAAUAAGUACGUCAAGCCUGAGAUCACGAAUACCAGUGUUCUUCAUAUUUUAGGCGGAAGACAUCCCAUGUGCGAGCUAGUGACAGAAUCCUUUAUUCCCAACGAUACAUAUCUCGUUGGUGGAAUCGGAGACAGAGCCGAGAGAAAGAUUGAAUGCGAUUCGUUCAAGAAUAUGAUGUGUCCUCCGGACGGUGAUGCGCAGGAUUUGCAAGAAGCACGCAGCGUCAUGCUGUUAAGCGGAGCUAAUGGCUCUGGUAAAAGUGUCUAUUUAACUCAAGUCGCUUUAAUCAUCUAUAUGGCGCAUAUUGGCAGCUUUGUUCCGGCCGAUCAUGCUUCGAUUGGGCUGACUGAUAAGAUUUUCACAAGGUUGCGAACUUCAGAGACAAGUGCAAAGAUGCAAAGCGCAUUUACGAUCGAUCUUCAACAAGUACUACAGGCGAUUGACUACGCCACCGAUCGAAGCUUUCUUAUUAUGGAUGAAUUUGGAAAAGGAACCAAUGCCGCCGAUGGCGCUGGAUUGUUUUAUGCAGUGUUGAAUCAUUUUCUAUCCAGGAAAGAAAAAUGCCCAAAAAUCAUCGCAAGCACGCAUUUUCAUGAUAUAAUCGCUAGUCGUACUCUUACCCAAAAUCACUUUAUCAGCCUUUACACAACGGAGAUAAUGUUCGUUCAGAUGGAGCAAAGCUUGCAGGGUAUUUCACGCAGCGAAGUUGAAGUGAUCGAAAACGAGCAGCAAGAAGUGAUUUUUCUUUAUCGUGUUGUUCCCGCUACGGAUUUGAGUGCCUCAUUUGGGAUAUGCCAAGCCAAUGCUGCCAAUAUGCCUCUCCACCUCAUCAGAAGAGCUAUGUUUCUCUCUGAAUGUUUGACGAAUCAAACGCCCAUACCACUGUCGACUGAAAGCGACGACAUGUUUGAUCAAUUGGAACGCUUAGCUGAGGCGUUUACCGUCACGCCUGCCGAUCACAUCAGUGAACAUCAGUCAUUGAUGAAAUCCGUUCUUCGUGUUAUAAAAAAUUGAAGCGCAUUCGCAUUAGGAACGCA